UGAGUUGCGCACUCUGCACGACAACGUCGGGAACGGCAGACUGGCAUAGCCUUCCUGUCCAUCGGGCUUAUCGUCCUCACUGACAUUUUUCCAUUGUUUAUAACGACAACCGGCCGUCUUCUGCCCUGCCGUCGUGAUUCGUUCGGUAUAAUUUACUCGAGUGAGACGGUGAUAUGUCGGAAAAGGAGUCGGAGGAUGCCGUCGGGAAAACGGAGGUGGUCGAAAGUGACACGGUUACACCGAGUGAAAAUUACGAACCGUGGGUGCUCCUCAAAUGCGUUUUCUGCAAUACGACGUUCACCGGGAAGGAAAACUCAAAGCUUCUCGAAUGCCUUCACGCAGCCUGCAGCAUGUGCCUUACCAACUGGACAUCGAAAUUAAACGAAGCAGGAAAAGAAGAAAAGAGCUGUCCAGAAUGUCAUUUUAUUACUAAAAAAGACAACCUUUUAGAAAACAAAUUUUUAUCCGAGUUACUACUUGUUACUGACUCACAAGAAGACACAGAUGAUAUUAAAUGUAGCAAUCAUCCUGAAACAUUAGCUACUGACUGGUGUGAUACGUGUUCUGCUUACAUAUGUGAAAUGUGUGUUAUGGCCCAUCGACAACUUAAGCCUACAAAAGACCAUUCUAUUCGCUCCAAAUCUGAAUUUUUAGAAAUGUCCAAGGAUAAAAAACCUCAGAGUCGAUUUCCCUGUCCAGUACAUCCAAGAGAAUUGCUAACAGUCUAUUGUACUUCUUGUAAUACUAUGACCUGUCGUGAUUGCCAGCUUGCAGAUCACAGAUCACACAAAUAUUUAUUCCUUUCUGAAAUGGCAAGUGAGACUCGGAACACAAUGCAGAAAAUUGUUCGUCAUCUGAAAACAACGAGUGAAACAUUAUCAGAAAAAAUAAACCAAUUAGAACAAAAUUCUAAAGGAAUAAAUGAAUCUAAGUCUGGAAUUUUGAAUGAAAUAAAAGAAAUAGUUGUAUUGCUGACAAACGCCGUCCGUAAAGGGGGGACUGAUUUGAUGUAUGAAAUUAAUGAAGUGUGUGAGAAGCAGUUAACGGAAACAGACCAAAAAAAGGCAAUACUGGAACAGAAAAGAAUACAAAUUCAACAUUGCGUUGACUUCAUGUCAAAUACUCUUGAAAAGAGCUCAGAUCCUGCUUUGAUGUUUGCAAAAACGCACAUAAUUAAUCACUUAAAAAGAGUUCAUCAGGCAAGUGAAGAUUUACCUGAAAUUGAUAACAAUUUCUAUAUUGCUCUAGUAAAACCAAAUGUUGACAAAAUUGUCAAAGGACUUAACAAGUUUGCAAGGAUGGAAACGAGCUUGACAGCUUUCACUCCGAGUUCGUCUCCUGGACAACAAACAGUUACACCGCCGCAAAAUACCACUGCUCCUUCUCCAGCCCCACACCAACAGCGUGCGCCUAUUCUUCAGAAUAUUCAAUACCAACAGAUUCAGAAUCAAAAUCAGAUGCCUACACUGCAGUAUCAGCAAAAAGGUCCACGUUUAGCCCAAGUGCCUACCAACAAUCAAAUGCACAUAAAUCCAGGAAAAGUAUAUCUAACAGAACUUCAAUCAAAUAGUACUGUAUCUCAACAAAUGAACCCUGGCAAUAUGUACAUGCCGAACUCGGGAACUCAACAGGUUCAGCGUCAUCAGAUACCAUACCCUGUGAACGUCAAUCUUGGUUCAAGAUUUCAAUCUGCUACUCCAUCAAUGAUGAUAAUAAGAUCUACUAUGCAGCAACAGGUCACAUCGACUUCUAAUUUCCAAAAUCCUGUUAUUAUUAAGUAUCCAUAUAAACAAGAUCCUUCCCAAUAUGUUUAUGCCUACCAGUCGUCUAAUCAACCGAUUCCACAUCCGAGACAGCAGUCCCCUCACCACAUGAAUCAGAUGGGAAAAGGAGUGAUUGCAGGACCUUCUGGUGUACAGUGCACUUCUGCUUCUCAACAAAUUAGACCACAUGAUAAUUUAAUGCCUCAGCAAGCCUUGCGUCAAUCACUUUCUAACAAUCCAAAUAUCACAUGGCAUAUUCCACAAACAGACUCUAAUCAACAGCCAAACAUCAAAGCUCAAACUCAACCAUCACAAGUACAUAACGACUCAUUCAAAAUUUUGUUGACCAAAUCGAGGACACCUCCUACUGCUCCGACACCGACUAGUGUUUCAUCUUCUGCUCCUAAAACACCUAGCCCUCAUCCACAUAAUAGAGCAGGGGAGGACAUGCUGAAUAACCUAUGCCAGGCGUCCUUAAAUGAUGUUCUUAAAACUCUAUCAAACCUAGAUAAAACUUUAGAUAAUACAGAGUCAGGUAAAGGUGAAGGCUUGGUUCACAGUUCAACAGGCCCUAGAGCCCAAAAUUCCUGUAAACUUCAAAAUCAACCUUCACCCCCUAAAGGUGAAUGGCAGAAAGAAGAUCCAAAUGAAGAUUGGUGUGCAGUGUGCAUGGAUGGUGGGGAACUUGUCUGCUGUGAUAACUGUCCAAAAGUGUUCCACAUCAACUGUCAUAUCCCGAGGUUACCACAAAUUCCAAAAGAAACGUGGCAGUGUUCAUUAUGUUCAUCACUGAGAUGUUUGCCAGAAGCUGGGUUGAAGUCAACAGGAGAUUCAUUGUCCCCCGAAGAAAAGAAAAUUUGUCAACGAAUAUUACUCGAAUUGUAUUGUCAAUAUGAUUCUAGCAUUCAUUUUCGAGAACCGAUACCACCUGAUCACGUUGAGUACCACAAAGCUAUCAAAAAUCCUAUGUCUUUUGACCAGAUAAGAAACAGAUUAGAAGAAGACGGAAGUAGUAGGUACACUAAUAUUAAACAAGUUAUUCGAGAUAUAAGAUUGGUAUUUAAGAAUGCAUUUCAUUUUAACCCAAUUGGUAGUCACAUUUAUGCUGAUGGGAUGACAUUAGAGGAAUUUUUAGAAACAUUGUUAACUAAGUAUCUCCCCCUAUUUGCACAUACCAACUUACAUGAUACCAAAAAGGACGAUGAAGUUAUACCUCCAAAAAAAAUAAAAAGAUCUAUUGACUAAAUAGGUCAUUUCUUAGAAUACUAGACACUUUAAAUUAUUUCGUUUUGUUUGAUGUGUUGUGAUAUAUUUUUAAUUAGUUGUUAAAUGUAUAACAUCCUUAGUUAAUGAGGCCCGUGAGUCUCAAAUCUCCUGAUUUAAAUACAAAAUUAAAUAAUCUAACCAGAUUAGAAUCUUCUAUGGCCUUUCAUUUGAUUUACUUAUUGUUAAUCUGUCCUUCCACUCUAGUUCUAAAAUUGGUCAAUCUUUUAUAUACUUUGUCCUUAAUUUUAUGUUCAGAAUCUAUGCCUGUUAUACAUACGAAAUUACAUAAAUAUAAUUCAUUUAGACUAAAACGAUUGGUAUUGUCUUAUGAAAUAUAAUGAAUUAAUAUAAUAUACUAAACUCAAGAUAUUUAGAUAAAUAUUUUUUGUUAAUUGGUAAUGGGUUUUAUGAUAUUUUUCAGUACAAUGUGUAACACAUAAAUUUGAAGUGGGAAAUACAUACAACACAAAUAAUACUUUGAAGAUUUAAAAUUGAAAAUUUGAUUGUUUAUGCAUUUAUGUAAAAUAAAAAAAUUAAUACACAAUUGGAUUAAACAUUUCAUCAAAAUCUAAUUUUAACAAAGAAGAAAUAGAUUCUCGCAGCAAAUUUUGCUUAUUUUUUUUUAAUGAUUAUUUUUACUUUGUAAAAGUUCUCCGUGAGAUCUGUGGGAUGAUUAAUGUAUAAUUUGGUCAUUACCAGUCAUUUUCGUCUGCCUAUCCUUGCUGUGUUAGUCUGUCAGGUGUCAUUUCGCCAUUUUUAGUGUUGGGUUUGAAUCUGACCGAACUCUAGACUCAACACAAGCAAAAUGCCAAAACGUAUCUUAUGGACAACCCAGCAAGGAUAUGUACACCAAAAUGAUCAAUAAUGUCUAAAUCAUACCGUUUUUAUAGUUAUCGCUGCGUUAAUCCUUGUAAUGUACUGAUACAGUUUUCAAUUAGUGAUUAUUGCAUCUUGGUAAAACUUAAUUUAUUAAAAUAUUAACACUGUGCAUGUCCUAGUGUAGUCAAAAUAAAAAUAACCAUAAACAAAACUAUUUCUUCUUUGUUUUAUUAGCUACAGAACUUAAAUGUUUACCUCAUACUAGAAUAACAUACAUUAAACUUAUUAUGGAAGAUUUUUAGCCUGAAUUAGACAUGGACCAUAUUAAAAUGAUAUACAGGGACUUUACAGUGUUACUUGUGUGAUAUAGCCCACUGAUGGGUUUUUAUUUAAAACAACAUUAGUUUUAAGUUGAGUUUGAAAUUUGUAUUGCCGACACAUUAAAAUACAUCUUAAAUAAAUUGUUGUGUUAAUUUAAAUAUAAACUUCAUUAUGCACAUUGCUUCUGUAAAAACCAAAGAUAUGAUGAAAAUUCAGUGGUAGUGUAACUUUCAUAAUACACGACAAAAGCAAAAAUAUUGUGAAAUAACGCACACUUUAAAAUACUUUCAUAACUUGGAAAAUGAUAAGAUGAUUUAUAUGUAACUCAUUUUGGUUUUGUUUUGAUUUUAAUUUAGACAAUGGUUUACAUUAAAAAAAAAUCCGAUCUUAAAAUUGUAUUAUUCUGGCAAAAUGCAAUACAUUUACAUACAAUACAUUUUUGCAAUAUUUACUUGUAAAAUGCAUUGAUCAGUAUUAAUGUAUCGAAUACAUAUAUUGUGUAUAAUCCUAUCUCAUCAAAUAACAAAUUUUUAUGAUAAAUGUUAAUAGUGAUUUUUAUAAUAUGCAGAAUAAAUAAAACAGAUGCUAAAUAAAGAAAAACAAUGUUUUUGUUAUGUGCCUGCGUGUGCAUAUUUGUGUGAGUCGGUGCAGUGCAUACAUGUGUGUGUACAUACAUGUAUAUUAAUUAUAAAAUAUAUAAAAACCUUCUGGGUAGACAUUUUAUUUCUAUUAAAAAAUAAAAAUUAGAAAACAUUUAGACAUUUUAGGUUGUAUUGUUGUUAUUGAUAUAUGUAAAAAUUAUGUAGUAUGUUAUGUUUUUAUGUUUAAAUUAUAAAUUUAAUAUAGUAUUUAAUAGUAUAAUAAACAAAAAAGAUCAGAACAUAUAUUUUUUUCUUUAAAUUUGAUCAUUUUAUCAAUCUAAAAGUUUGAAUGUAAAUAAAAAGUGGUCCAAAUUUUACAUAGCAAUAAAUGACAUGAAUGGAUGUAUCGUAUCAUUUAUACAAUUCAGUAUAAAUAACAUAAUGCAUUUAUUUUAUGUUUUGAAAAUGUUUAUGUAGUGUGAACAUAUAUAGAUGUUUUCUAAUUUUUUUUUCUAUUUCUUCAUCAGUUAUUACAUUUUAUCUCGCCUGACAAAAUAUGCAUGUGAGCAUUUAUUUAAAGAGAUUUAGUGGAUUUGAAAAAUGAAUUAGUUUCAUAUUGACAAUUUUCUCUUAUGUUUUCCUUUAUAUGAAAAUAAUCAUGAUAAAAAGUUAUUACAUCAAAUUCAUAAUAUAAUAUUUGUUUAUGUAUUACAUAUCUUUUUAAUGCAACUAGGUAUAGUUGUGAUUUAUGUUAAUUCAGUUUUGAUUAUUUAUACUUAUUAAUUUUUUGUGCAUCCAUAUGCCUUUUUGUACAAGAGCCCUUGAACUAUAGCAAUGAUUUACAUUAUAAAUAAAUUAAUAAAGAAAAGGUUAAAAAAAGUACUGUAAAUAUAUCAAUAUUUUAAUAUUUCUAUGUUUAUUAUAUAUAUAUAAUAGAUGCGCCAUAUAAAGAAGUGAGAACAAUGGAUAUUCCAUAUUGUUAUUGUACCUAAUUAUUUACCUACUUAGAUGUCAAAUAAACAUUGUUAUAACUA